CAAUUUUUUAUUUUCAACGCAUCGAUGAAGCUGCAUAGCAGUGAACCAUUGCAGUGCCUGUAUGAAAUUCUACCGAUCGAAAACAAAAUGGCUGAUCCUGGAGGAUACAUUCACCCUGUCGGCGUACUGAAUACCGGUAUGGCCGUAAUCAUUUGUGUGAACACGGCAGUCGCCUUUUAUGGGUACCUGUGUUUUGGGGAAGAAUCACAGGGUAGUAUCACCCUCAACGUCCCCGAACGACCAUACACAAAUCUCUCCCUCGUCAGACACCCCACCUUCAAUGCCCCAACUACACUCUCCAUUCCUCCUUUCUACCUAAAGUUGCUGUCUGCGCCUUUAUUCACCAAUUAG